CUCUCUGUCUCUCCUGCCGGCGUGAGAAAGAAAGAAAGAAACAAGUUGCAGAAAGGUAGGAAGGACGAGCUGACAAUGGCUGCGAUCCAUCCAUGCAUCUCCCCCUUUGUUUCCCUUCCUAACUACUGAACUGAACUGAACUCAACUUCCUCUGUUCCAUAAUUGCUCUUCUGUUUCUGCUACAGCGGUAAUGGAAGACGAUGGUGAUCAUCAUCACGGCAAAGAGGAGGUAGAGUUGAAGCAUCUAUGCAAGUACUGCGGCAAGCGCUUCCGUAGCGGGAGGUCGUUGGGAGGUCACUUAAGGUCUCAUAUGCAGCUGAUGAGGCAACCUCAAGCUGAUGGGAAAGUCUUGUUCGUACGGAAGCUCCCACCACUCUCCUACUGCACUGAAUUUCCCUUUUUCUGUUACUCAGACUACUCAAACUCAGACGUUGGGGUGCCAAAGAAGGAGGAUGGUGAUAAUGUGGAAGCUUUUCUAGCGUCCUUGGACCCGAACCAUGAAACAUGUCCCAGUCGGACUGUGUUCAAAUUGUUACGUGAAGGAGCAAUCGGUUGCCUCACCGCACUUCUCGAGCGCAAACUCUCUCACAAUCGCUUGGAUCUGUUUGCUUAUCCUGACAGCUGCCGACCGCUCAUAUUUGAAGCUGCUGAGCUCGGGUUCUAUGAGGCGGUCGAGCUGUUUUUGCAACAUGGGGUUCCUCCCAGUGCCAGGGUACCAACACAUUAUCGUCAACCGGAUCAGCUUCCAAUCGAUGCCGCAUUAUAUGCGAGUUGCUUGGAUCAGUUUGAUUCGGCACCCAAGGGCAAGAUCUAUUAUGAUCAAAGGCUCUGCACUUUGAUGCACUGGCUUCCCAAAUGGAUCAGCUACGAUUUCGACUGGUGGCACAUGGUCAAGCUGCUGGGGCGGGCCACCGAACAGGGCCUGCUGGAGAUGAGGAUUCUGCACUAUGCAAGGUACGGCCAAGCUCCCAAGCUGCUUUGGCUCUUGCUCGCGGUACCUGACCGAGUUCUCUCCCCAACAUUCUUCAGGGACACCAUUCUCCAGCAGCGUUUUGGAACCGCCCCCUUGUCACUCCGGGAUUUCCUUAUUGCUCAGCUUGCUUUUCUCACUGGCAUUAGCCUCGCCAUUGAACCCAACCGUAGUCUCCCCUAUAAAUCUAUCCGCCACGAUCUGCACUGCAGGAUAUCAAGCAUCACUUGUUCCCUGCGAUUGCUCGAAGUCUUCCGCAGGGCUGGCCCCCAGUUGUGUAACGUAAUGGCAAUGUUAGAGAAGGAAAAGGAGAAGAAAUGGGAAAGGGAAAAGGAGAGGGAAAUAUAUCCUCUUCUUCCCGAUUACCCAAUAGCUCAACAGUUUAAGACUGUGCUCAAGGAAGCUGGCUUUCCGAUGGCUUCUCUACGUUGCCCGGUCAGGACCGCCCAUCCGAGCGAGGAGACGAUGCAUGGUGGCUAUCAUUACUGGAUGAACCUGCGAGACGAUUACCCUGGAUUGGAGCUCUUGAUUCGACCACCACAUGUCUGCAGGAGUAAAAUCCUUGAUUCGGACUUCAACAAAGCCAUUGAGAAGUUAUGGUACACUCCCUUCACUAAUUUCCAUCAUCCUUGCUUGAAGGAAUGGACAUCCCAAAUGUCCAUUUUCAAGUUGCUUUUCAUAUUUUGCCUUCCUGACGUGGUAGAAAAGAUGCAAUCCGUGUUACCGUUGGAGCCCAAGUAUGUCAACCCUGCAACUGUUAUCCAACCCGCCUAUCUUGCUGAGCUGUGCUUCAUCUAUAUUACGGAGGGCCGAAUUGUUAAUUUCACAGCUGCUCUAAUGGCUGCACAAGUUCUUCUUCGGUUGGGGUAUCCACUACGUCCUCAAACAGCUCGUCAUAGCAAUAAUGAUGUGGAUCAUCAUCAUCACAAGUCUGUUGCCCCUACUGUAUAUGAGUGGUUGCUGCAUGCUUUGAUGAGAGUGCUUGAUGAAGAAAUAAGCUUAACUGGGAAACCGAAGGACAAUGACUCUGUUCAGAUUUGCAAGGAGAAAAGAUUGAUGAUAUCAUCUGCAUUCCAACUAACAAAGAUAUUCGAUACAUCUGCACAAGAUAUUAAUUGGUAUCUUCACUCACCAAGAUAUAAGGAAGUUGCUGAUUUGAAGUUGAUAGUAAACGAUGUUGCUUCCUUGUUAAAAGGCACGGGCUUUGCGUUAAGACCUCAGGAUAUCUGUGUGAAUGACUUGAACUGGUUCCUGCAAAACCAAGUUAGGUGGAAAUUCAUCAUCCUUCGGACCACUUCCGCAUACAGGAACGUCGCUGACAAUUUCCACAAGAACCAUCAAGUCAUCCUUCAGCGCUCCAUGCAUUAG